AUGACAUCAGCACGACCGAAAGAAGCACGGAUUUGCGAUUUUUUGAACAAGGAGCUUGUUGAGCACAAGAGAGUCGCGAAGGGCCCGAUGAUCGUGGGCCUUCAGGGUCCUCAGGGCAGUGCACGACUCACGCUUGCCCACACAGACUUGUACCUACCGCAUGAGGCCAUGACCGCUUUGGGACGAGCACACCCGACGUAUUCGCUUCUUCAAGGACGAGGACAACCAGGCACGCAUGACGUGCAGGUGGGAGAGCGGAUUCUUCGAGCGUUUCGUACUGAUGCAAAUGAUACAGUGUCGCUACCUGUGUAUGAUAAAAGUGCACAUGGAGGGGCAGGCGACAGACGGGCCGUAUGGAAGUGUGUCAACAGACCGGUGGAUGUGGUGUUAUUUGAAGGCUGGUGUCUAGGUUUUCGAUCGCUUUCAGAGACAGAACUGGCGCAAAUGUACGAGGAAGGAAAGAGCAGGUUUAGCGAGAUGCGUGAAGAGGACGCGAAAGAUCGAGCAGAAUUCACAGCGUGUGGACUUGAUGAGCUGCGUUUCGUGAAUGAACAGCUGCAAGGAUGGGAGCAGAUUUGGUAUCCACUUCUUGACGUAUUCGUGCAGUUUGUGCCUGUGGCACAAGACGGAGCCAGUCCCUGGUCGCUUAUAUACCCGUGGCGUCUUGAGGCAGAGCACAAGAUGAAGCGAACGAAUGGCGGGCGAGGUAUGACUGACGAACAGGUGUAUGCGUUUGUCAAAAGAUAUCUGCCGAGUUAUCAAUUGUUUAGUCGCGACAUGCGUGAGCGCAAUCGAUGGACAGGCCAUUGCCUCGUUUUAGAGAUCCAUGCUGACCGUAGUAUGGGACUGUGUAGUCGUGCAUAG